AGACGCAUCAUGAAGGGUGUGGAGGGGGAGGACAGUGUGAUCCUGAAGGAGCCCACACGAACUGAGCAACCAUUUUCUAUGAUCAGGCCUGAGACUUCGACAGCGGUGUCCAGCCUCCAGUCUCUGAAGAGUGACCGCUCCAUGUUCUACCCAAUAUCCUUCCAAUCUGAAACAGGCUCUGCAAACUCCAAACCUGUCCUGGACGGUCCAGUCUCCUCUCCAGCCUGGGACGAGUGCUGUGGUAUCUGCGAUCGCCCUCAGAGUGGAGCAGGACUGCGCAUUCACAGCUGUGUCCAAAGUGACUAUAAGAGCAGUCUGGAGCACAGAUUUGAGAGUGUGUCUGAAGGAGCUGAAACAGGAAGUACAACUCCUCUGAACAGCAUCUACAGUGAGCUGUACAUCACAGAGGGCCUCAGUGAAGAGGCUGGUGCUCAACACGAGGAGACUCAGCUGGAGAGCUACUGCAAGAAGACUGCCCAUGACACUCCCAUCAGGUGUCAGGACAUCUUUAAACCAUUUCUAUAUGAGCAGAGGUCCAUCAGAGCCGUGCUGACCUGCGGCGUGGCUGGAGUGGGGAAGACCUUCUCAGUCCUGAAGUUCUCUCUGGACUGGGCCCAGGGCUCAGAGAACCAGGAUCUGGACCUGGUGCUGCCGCUGUCCUUCAGAGAGCUGAACCUGGUCAGAGGGGGGCGCUACAGUCUGAUGGAGCUGAUACAAGUGUUCCAUCCAGUGCUGGUAAAACAGACGCUCACAGCACACACUCUGUCCGUCUCUAAACUCCUGUUCAUCUUCGACGGCCUCGACGAGAGCAGACUGUCUCUGGACUUUGACUGUGAGGUCAUCUCUGAGGUCACACAGAGGUCAGAGGUCAACGUGCUGUUAGUGAACCUCAUCAAAGGCACUCUGCUUCCUACUGCCCUUAUAUGGAUCACCUCCAGACCAGCAGCAGCCAAUCAGAUCCCAGCGCAGUGUGUGCACAGGGUGACAGAGGUCAGGGGCUUCAUCACUGACCAUCAGAAGGAGCAGUACUUCAGGAAGAGGUUCACAGAUGAAGAGCAGUGUAAGACCGUCCUGUCCCACAUCAGAACCUCCCGCAGCCUCCACAUCAUGUGCCAGAUCCCAGUCUUCUGCUGGAUCACAGCCACAGUCCUGGACCACAUGUGAGGCAAUCAGAGGGGAGCACUGCCCCAGACACUCAGCGACAUGUACGCCCACUUCCUGUUAGUGCAGACCAACAGGAAGAGGAAGUACAGUGAGCAGAGCAGUGGUCGAGAGCUGAGCACAGACGACUGUGAGCUGCUCCUGAAGCUGAGCAGACUGGCCUUUGAACAUCUGCAGAAAGAAAACAUCAUGUUCUAUGAGGAAGACCUGGAGCAGGUGGGUCUGGACCUGACUGAGGCCUCGGUCUACUCAGGACUCUGCACAGAGAUCUUUAAACGAGAGAGUGUCCUCUUCAACAAAUCAGUCUACUGCUUCGUCCACCUGAGCGUCCAGGAGUUUAUGGCAGCAGUUUACCUGCUCCACUGCUUUAAUUUUAAAAAAGAAGAGGAGCUGCUUGUGUUUCUUAAAUUCUUGAAAAAAGAAUCAACUCUCGGCGACUUUCUCAGGGCAGCUCUGGAAGAAGCUCUCCGAAGUCCUAACGGGCACCUGGACUUGUUUGUGCGCUUCCUUCAUGGACUCACAAUGGAGUCCAACCAGAGGCUUCUGCGAGCUCUUCUGGGCCCAGCAGAGAUCACCUCAGAGAUGAGAGAAAGAGUCAUCUGCAAACUGAAAGAAAUGAACACCAAAUCCUCUCCAGACAGAAGCAUUAACAUUUUCCACUGUCUGACAGAGUUAAACGACCACACGGUCAACCAGCAAAUCCAGGACUUCCUAAAGUCAGAGGACAGGUCAGAGAAACUGUCUGUGACCCAGUGCUCGGCUCUGGCCUACAUGCUGCAGAUGUCAGAGCAGGUCCUGGAGGAACUGGUCCCAAUGAAGUACAACACGUCUGGUGAAGGACGACGGAGAAUGGUCUCAGCAGUGAGAAACUGUAGAAGUGCUCAAUUUUCUAAUUGUGAACUUUCAAAAAUUCACAUCGAAGUGGUUGCUUCUGCACUGAAGUCCAAUCCCUCUCACCUGAGACUCUUAGACCUGAGCUAUAACACAGCUGUGAACUCAGAAAUACUUGUGUUAUGUUAUGGACUCCAAAGUCCUAACUGUCGUCUGGAGACUCUCAGGCUGAAAAGCUGUGGUUUGUCAGAGUCCAGCUGUUCUUCUCUGGUCUCAGCUCUGAUGUCCAACCCUUCACAUCUGAGGGAAAUAGAUCUGGGACGCAACAGAGACAUUAAGGACUCAGGAGUGUCUCAUCUGUGUGGUUUUCUGCAGAGUCCAGACUGUCGACUGGAGACUCUCAGACUGUACAGGUGCAAACUGACAGAGACCGGCUGUUCCUCUCUGGCCUCAGCUCUGAAGUCCAACCCGGCACAUCUGAGAGAAUUGGACUUGGGGGGUAACACAGACCUGAGGGACCUUGGAGCUUCUCAUCUGUGUGGUUUUCUGCAGAGCCCAGACUGUCGACUGGAGACUCUCAGAUUGAGCAGCUGCAAAUUGUCAGAGAUGAGCUGUUCCUCUCUGGCCUCAGCUCUGAAGUCCAACCCCUCACAUCUGAGAAGACUAGACUUUGGAGAUAACACAGACCUGUGUGAUUCAGGAGUGUCUCAUCUGUGUGGUUUUCUGCAGAGUCCAGACUGUCGACUGGAGACUCUCAGAUUGUAUGAGUGCAGUUUGUCAGAGGUGAGCUGUUCCUCUCUGGCCUCAGCUCUGAAGUCCAACCCCUCACAUCUGAAAGAAGUUAGUCUGGAGGGAAACUACCUGAGGAAGAAGCACGUCCAGGAGCUCCAACAGAGACUGGAGAAACUGUUUUACUGAUGACGCCCAAACUCAAGUCCUCUGAGCCUGGACCCGACCUGUUGAACGCUCACUGACCUGGAGGAAAAGGAGGAGCACUUUCUGUAUCUGCUGCUGUCAGACUCCUCAUUUCGGUCUUAAAAUGUUCGCAUUAACCCACUCUGCACCAUCCUGGAGGUUUUAUUUUGCUGUUUUGUCCGUAAAUCAAGAUAUCGUAGUGUUCUGGUGGAAUGAAAUGGAGAGAAAAUAGCCCCAAGCGAUUAUGAGGUCUGACUUUUUCGAGGACAAAGGUUUUGUGAGGCAAAUACAUCGCUCUUUUGUACACAUACUGUUUUGAGAAGAAAGACCUCAGCCAACUUGCCGGACUACUUUCGUCAGCACCAAAACCGGCCAGGAUCUGGGCUCACAGGACGCCGUCGGGGGUAAGUCAGUGCGGAUGAUCCACGUCAAAAAACCCAAACUAUCCCUUUAAACAACUCAAUAACAAAGGAUUCACUUAUUUGUAUUUCAUUAUCAGUGUUGGGGAGUAACAGAUUACAUGUACCAGAGUUACGUAAUCAAGAGUACAAAUUAUUAUUAUACUGUUUCAGUGAGUGGUAAUCGGAUUACAGUUACUUUGUUGAAAUAAAUGGAUUACACAGAGGGAUUUUACUGUUUUUACAUUUUGGGCUAUAUCCUUUUUUUUUUUUUUUUAUCAGUAAUUCCACUCAUGGCCAGAAACUAAACCAGAUCUAAACUAGGACUAAACCAGGACUAAAUCAGGUCUAAACCAGGUAUAAACCAGGUCUAAACCAGGUCUAAACCAAGACUAAACCAGGACUAAACCAGGACUAAACCAAGACUAAACCAGGACUAAAACCAGGUCUAAACCAGGACUAAAUCCUGCUGUGUGGACGUGUCUCCUCUUCUUCUAUCAAUAGUAUUUUUAAUUUGGUUCAGUAAAGUCUGGGCUUUUUAUUUUCUUUUAUCAGACAAAACAUCUUAUGUUACGAUUUCCUCGUCUUUGCUUCUCUACAGCAAAUCAAGUAAUCCAAAGUAUUCAGAUUACAUUACUCACUUUAAGUAAUUUAAUGGAUUACGUUACAAACUACAUUUUGGUGUAUGUAAUCUGUAAUCUGUAGGUGAAUACAUUUUAAAAGUCACACUCCCAACACUGUUCAUUAUUCACAUGUUUUAAUAUAAAAACACCGCUGAGACUUGAACCCUCGAUAUCAAAAAUAUGUCAUUGUUACCCUCACUGCUCGACGCCUUAUUCUUCUUAAAUGGAAGUCUCCUGCUCCAGUCACACUCCACGCCUGGAUUAGAGACAUUCUGUAUUUUGUGAACAUGGAAAAAGUCAGAUGUACUCGUGGGGGGUCAUUGAAGACUUUCAAGAAAACGUGGGUUCCAUUUUUUCAGUUUGUUGAGUCUGUUCAUUUCCCCUCUGUAUCCGUGUAUCAUUCGUUCAUCUGUUUUUCAAAAUAAAACCAAAAAUAAGAAAAUCAAAAAACAAACUAUUUUCUUCAUUAUUUGUCUCCAAAACCAAAAUAAAAAAAAAACAGAUAAUGAUUCGUUUUUUCAGUUUUUGAUUUUGUGUUUAAAUGAAAAAUGCAAAAAACGAGUAACGGCCGUUUCCU